UUUCCCCUUUCUCUCUCGCUUUUGUCUCGAUUCGCUAUGGCGGAGCACACCUCGACGCGUGUCAACUCUGCAAAGAUGCCCCAGUUCGUGGGGCGUACGGUACGGCUGGUGUGUAAAGUCCUGCAGUUCAAGGGGGACACUGCGCUGGUAGAAGCGUCUGAUGGCGGGCAGGUGGAGGUGCGAUUACCGAAAGACGCGAACGUGACGGAUACGUAUGUGGAGAUCAUCGGGAAGGUGAUCGAUGCGAGCACCUUGCAGAUGAUGGCCUGCGUGCUCAUGGGGGAUUCAGUGGAUAUGAAGCUGAUUGACGACGUGGUCAAUAUGAUACAUGACCCACGGUUUAUGGGGAGUAUGUUCUAGCUUCAAGUUGCUGGUUUUGUCGGUCAGGUGUUUUGCUUGUUCCUCGCUGUGCUCAUUGCUUUGUAAUGUUCAAGUACGUUGCUCUUGUAUUGCAUACCAAAAUACCAUGCUCUGGGUGGUCAAUUCCGCAAUCAGCCAGUAAUGUGUUCUUCAG